UCCGCGCCUUGGUUCCACCCGGAGAGAAACAUGAAUCAGCGGUGUCCUCGAAAUUUCUUCCGUGUUGUCGUAUGCUAGCGUUCAAGAUGGAGUCCGCCAACAAAGCUGGACAUCUGAUGAGUCUAGCGGCUCUGCAGCAGUAUGACCCGUAUAUUAACAAGUUGCUCGAUGUUACCGGGCAGGUAGCGCUGUAUAAAUUCAACUCCAAAGCAAAUGAAUGGGAAAAAACGGACAUUGAAGGCACCUUAUUUGUGUAUGCCAGGUCAGCAUCACCUCAUCACGGUUUCACCAUCAUGAACCGUCUAAGCACUGAGAACCUGGUGGAACCAAUUAAUAAAGAUUUGGAGUUUCAGCUCCAGGAUCCGUUCCUCUUGUACCGGAAUGCCAGCUUGGGAAUUUACAGUAUCUGGUUCUACGACAAGGCCGACUGUCAGCGCAUCGCACAGCUGAUGCUACAGAUAGUGAAGCAGGAGACGCUGAGGGCUCAGCAGGCCUCUCCGGAUCGAGGCCGAACGAAUGGUUGUGUCGAGGCGAGACCGAUGGAUAUCCUGGAGCUGCUGAGCAAAGCCAAAGAGGAGUAUCACAGGAGUCAGUCUAAUGAUGUUGAUCCACAGGUAAACACAGACAUCACUCCAACUCCAAACCCAGUUAAAGUAGAGAGCAUGAAGCCUACAGUUGCUGCUCAGCAGGAGAAGCAAACGCACGGUGUGGUGAAACAGAUCACAGUCGAGGAGUUGUUCGGCAGCUCUUUACCCAAAAACCCAACCCCUCCAGCCGAAUCGAUUUCUGGUGAGAGUUUUCUGCGUGGAAUAAGUUACGGCCCUCCUCCCGUGCCCUUAGAGCCCCUCCUCACACAGUGUCUCUCAGCCAAUCCCCUGCUCCCUCAGCACUCCAUCUCUCCCGGGCUUAUGGCGCCGAGCGGGUCCGAGAACGUUCCAGCACUCGGAGGCCAUCGUGGGCAGACUGGGCCUCAGGUUGCGCCUCAGUACAUCAACUCGCUCAAAAACGAUGGCCACGCAAUUCCCAAGCCGGCAGCAGUGCCGGGCUUCAUGCCCAGCACGCUAGUCACGCCACAAAGUUUCCGAGAACCCACACCCAAAGCACCAGCAGUUUUCACCAGCAAACCUGCAGCAUCUACACAAACUAAAGAAGCUGGCACUUUUGCACAACCUCAAGCCCCGAAUCUUGUCAAACCCAUUCCAACCAAGGCGGGGCUCGUUGUGCCAGGGCAGGAGCCAUCAUUACUGCUUUCCCCCAGCGUGUUCCAGCAGUCCACUACAAAAGCCCCAGAGCUGCCAAGAAAUCCUGCUCCUCCACCAUCACCUCCUGCCUCUCUGGGGGCUGCAGAGCUUCCCUCAACAGUGUAUAGCAAGGCACAGUUACAGGAUGUUCUCAUACAUUUAAUAAAGAACGACGCCCACUUCCUCAGCACAAUCCAUGAAGCGUACAUGCAGAGCAUCACCAAAGACCUCAGCAACGUCAAACUAUAGCCAGUGACUCUACACUCCUGGACUGAGUGCUCUUCCGGUCAGCCCAGAGAGCUGCAUUUAGGACAGAACCACCGCAAACCUGGUGCACUGGUUAUCUCUCUCUGGAUUUUAAUCCCUGAGAGAUGAAUCCAAAGGCACACAUUACUCCUUUCAUUCAGCGCAACAAGAACUCAUGCUACAAGAUGAGUACAUAGCCACGGUUACUCCACCUCUGAGCCCCGGCUAUUAUUAAUCAUGAGGAAGAACACACACUUCUUUUGUCUGUCUCAUACUGUCUGGUCAUUCAUCACCCUGUCAACUUUUUUUCUGUUUGUUACAGCCACAUGUAGGGACUUCGCUCUGUUUGUUGGUUGUGGCCUCGACAAAUUCCUCAUUCUUUUUUACGUUUAAGACGUCACGUCGUUAAAGCAGUAUCUUUAACAGAGCAGAAUCAGCAAGCAUAUUUAAACGCACCUUGCUGCGAAUUCACAAGCAAAGUAUCAACCGGAAGCACAAGCCUCUCAGAGCUCAGUGCUCGCACAGCUUAACUGCUCUCAGGUGCACAACCGUUUUCUCUGCUCGCUACACCAGUCCACCUCAGAACCCGCGUGCGUACAAUUCAGUUUUAUCAUGACACCACUCUGUGCGCACUCUGUUAAAGAUUCUGAUUAAACACCAUGCAGAAUUUUAGCAGAUUGGAUGUAGGAAGUUGCUGUCAUAGUUCCUCUUGAGUUGUCCGCCUCCAGAGAAUUAAUGUGUAUCCACAUCGCUUUCAUUUUGUGCCAUCCGUUCAUCAGCAUGACGGUAUACACCAGGAUUACAUCACACAGUAUGACCUGGUAUCGGAUGCUGGUGCUGGAGCAAGUUUACACAGUACAGGAAGAUCAGAGAGAUGCUCAAUACUUGUCACACCGCUGCCUCCCUAGUAACCACAGAUCUUGCAUUUAACUAGACUUACAGCCUGAGGGAAGACCUGCACUUUUUUUUUUUCCUCUUCUUUUUUUUUUUUUUUUUUAAUCUUUAGACCCAGGAGUUGAAGUGAGAUAUAGUGACAUGGAUGGAUUCUGUUAGGGCUUGUGACGCAUUUUUAAACUGCAGUAGCGUUACUGCAAUAAGCUUUAUUUGCACUGGACUGUAGGAGUACAACUGAUUUAUUAUUAUUAUUAUUAUAUAGGGAGAAAUUAGUUUGAUUAUAAGCAAGGUGUUCUGGUAUACCAUUUGAACUCUUGGAUAUGUUGCUUAUCUCUCAUCAUUUCGAAGUUUAUUCUAUGAGUUUAGGCCACGUGUAAUGUUUUGCCAUCAAUUUAAUUUGCGCUAGUUGUUUAUACGAUACCAGACGGGUAUGCCUCGUAUAAACGUUUGCUGCGCAUUCUUUUAAUAGUUAGUCAAAUGCCAAAUAAAUAAGCAAAUCUUCAGUAGCAUGUGUUGACUCUGGUUCAAAUCUUUUUCUAUGAUAUUGGUACAUUUCUCCACUAUGUGGUGCUGUUUGUUUGUUUUUUUUUUGUUUGUUUUUUUCCAAAGGAUAUAGGAGGAGUACCUUGGUCUGGCCUAUUGUGUCCCUUUUGUGUUGAGAUCCAUACAAACAGUCUGUGAGAAUAUACAUAUUUUUAAUGUCAUUUUUUUUCUGUAUAAAUGCUGUUCAUUUGAUUCUCACUUUAUUCCUGUUUUUGAUCAGAUAAAUUACAAAUAACGCUCAGUCUGUGAUACAUAUUUUGAUUUUGCACAUCAACAGCAAAAUAGAAAUGAGAUGUCUUAAAGACUGAGAUUUGGUUAUUAGGGAAAUGUCAUUAAAGUAACUAAGAGCAGCUUUAAAGUGUUAAACGUUUGGAAGCUUGAAUAUAUCUUACAGGCAGCUCUGUAUCUUCUCAACCUUCUCUUCAUUUGAAGGCUAUUUUAGAAAAAUAAAAGUGCAAACAAUAUUUCACAUACCUCGAAUGUAGUCGAUCGGAUAUGUCACUGUUGGUGUCCAGGUUUUUUUUUUUCCUUCUUUUUAGUCUUGAUGCUACUUAAGACUUAAAUGUGGAGAACUUCAUUGCAACACAAAGCAAACAUGCUGAGUGACUGAAUCUAAUUAAGAGUAAGAAAUGCAUUAGUACCAGCUCUAAUACUGUAUUUCCAGCUCUAAGUUUAUAUUAUAUAUUAAUUGUCACAUUUCAUGACCUUUUUUUUCUAAAGCUUUUACAUUUUAUUUUCUGUCUUUUUUCUUUCAGAAAAUGUAGGAUCCUCGAAGUGCAAGCUGGCAUUAUUCUUUUUAAUGUUCUUCGAGGCGUCUGUUCAGCUCAUUCAGAGUUCAAUAAACCUGUUCUGUUACUUCUGA